AUGAUGGACAAAACGGAAGUCCCGUAUGACGUUAAGGCAGACGACCACGUGACCGCAACACGUGGGCACGUGACAGAAAGCACCACGCACGUGGACGUCACACGCCGUCAGACUUUAAGCGUCUUCAUUAACCUCCUCAUGCCUCCCGUGCUGGUUACCGUGGGUGUCACGUGCGGUGCCAUGACGAUCUUGACCAUGCGCACUAAGUACUUUCGGCGGGUGUCGGCGUCCGUGUAUUUGAAGACCGGUGCGCUGAAUGACAUUCUAGCGUUGCUUAUUUUGCUCACCGCUCACUGGCUGUAUUUGAAUCAGCCGGCAGCGUUCGUCAGAACGGAGUCGUCGCAUCUCAUGUGCAAGUUUUUCAAUUUUUAUGGACCCGGAAAUAAUGAUUUUGGAAUGCUUCUGACCGUGGCGAUGACGGCAGAACGCGCUCUCGCCGUGGCGUCUCCAUUUGGCGUCGCAAAGUAUCUGUCCGUGAAGCGGGCAUGGCGAAUAGUGCUAGGACUUUUGUGCUUCUCUGUCAUCAAGAACAGCCAUUUACUUCUAUCGUCUGAUCUAGUACCGGAAGGCCGCACCGAUCGGCUGUGCGAUACGUUUCCGGAGCGAAUCGGCCCCGCGUACAAAGCUUUCCUGUACGACGUGUGGCCCUGGAUUCACGUGACAUUUGUGUUGCUGUGCGGCCUAGCGCUUGUGGUGAACAACUUCGUCAUUCUUUACUUCGUGUACCAGUCACAGGCUGACAGGUUCUCGGGUGGUCAAACCUGGCGCCAUCUGGUUCCCAUGCUGAUCGGUGAAUCAGUCCUGCUCAUAGCGCUGACGUUUCCUUUUACGUUACACCUCGCCCUUCUCGCAAUCCGAUUGAAGUACGACUCCACUAUCUACACGGAUCCUCAUAAGGCGUCGGCGGAGACGCUCGUGUUUUCGGUGACGUUUUACAUGCUGUACUCUAACAAGUGCGCCAACUUCUUUAUGUUCUGUGCUACCGUGAAACGAAAACAGGGCACAUGGAGGACGACCAAGUUCAGAGAAUGA